AAGGGUCUCUAUUUAUAAAGCGAAGAGACGGGGUCAGGGAGGUGGAGAGUCGGUUUUGCAGUUGCUGAGACUAAUUUUUUGGUUUUGUAGAGAGAGAGAUAGCAAAAAUUCCUGGUUUUGUAGCGAGAGAAAGUAAUGGCAAGGAAGAUGUUUCAGUUAGAGAGAGAAAGUAGUUCUCCUCAGCUUCACGUCCUGGCCGUGGAUGAUAGCGUUGUAGACCGCAAGGUCAUCGAACGCCUCCUUAGGAUCUCCUCUUGCAAAGUGACGACAGUGGACAGUGGGAGAAGGGCACUGCAGUUUUUGGGAUUGGAUGAGGAGCAAAAAACUGCAGAUAUCGAUGUAAACAUGAUUAUUACGGAUUACUGUAUGCCCGGGAUGACUGGUUACGAGCUGCUCAAGAAAAUCAAGGAAUCGUCAACAUUCAGGGAGGUUCCGGUGGUCGUCAUGUCGUCGGAAAAUAUAUUGGCUCGAAUUGACAGGUGCUUAGAGGAAGGAGCCGAAGAUUUCAUAGUGAAGCCUGUGAAGUUAUCUGAUGUGAAGAGAUUAAGAGAAUAUGUUGAGAGGAAAAGAGAGAAAAACAACCACAAUCACACCAGCAACAAGAGGAAACCUGAUCAUUCACUCUCUCUUUCUCCUCCACCAUCUACAAGAUCAAGAACUCUUCCAAACCCAGACUCAUGAUAGGCCUUUACUGUGUUUUUCCCUUAUUUUUUAGUGGUUUUCUGUCAUUUUUUUCUGUUUUUUUUUUGGAUUAUUUUUUGGAGGAUGGUAUACAUCUCUUAGAAUAUGCGCUGCAUUGUUUAAUGAGAUCCUGUGCAGAAACAGAGCAUCAUGUUUUGUACAGAGUUCUUAGUUUGAGAAAACAUUGGAUUAGAAGAGAGAAUUGGGUUGAUAUACAAAUAAGAACUGAGUAAAGGAAAAUAUUUGUUCGAUUUA